CCCGCCAGCCGGGGCUGGCCGUGGCAGUGGCCCGAUUAAUUUUUUACAGUCGGUGCCAAGUGUCAGCUCCGACUUUGUCCAAACACAUCCAGCUGUUAGCCGUGAAGGUUAAUAGUAUCUGAGAAUUCAUUUCGCGCGAGUGACAGCUCGGCAACUGUGGAAGUGUGACCGCGGUAGGACACCCUCGCGUGAUGGACGUUAUUGAGGAAAUCCUCCUUGCAUAAAGUGUUGCGUGCAAAAUACAUGCAAACAGUCAUGGCGAAAGAAUACAAAGAGAACAAAGAAAACAAGAUUUGCCUAUGAAAAAAAGGCCGGCCAUAUCCAUGACAUUCAAGCCCACUGCGGGAGGGCAGGUCUACAGCACGCCUGCUAUCAUGGUCCGGCGGUCACAUGUCCGUCUUGAUUAGUAAUAUGAAUAGAACAAAAGUCUUGUCUCACACCACCAGUCUACAACUGUGGCGACGCGACCACCACAACACCCGGGCUUCUCGCCGCUGAUAUAGCCAGUUUGUGGUCUGGACGACCCACGGUCGGUACAACUCGGCGUUUCUCGUAAAUUUUCGCCCUCCGCGGCUCCCCACUAGCCCCGUGACGACUCAUCUCAAGUUGACGACGCGAACAUUCUCCGAAGUCCUGCCGGCGAUGUUGUUCCUCGCGCGUUCUGCCGUGUGUCUGCUGCUGGCCGCCGCGACCGUGCGGGCCAGCUCGUCUCUCAUCCCGAUCAACUCAGACGACGGUCAAGGCACUAAAGACACCGUACCAGGAUGCUCCUUUGGUGGGAAGUAUUACGGCAUGAGGGAAGAAUGGCACCCGGAUUUGGGAGAACCGUUUGGGAUCAUGUUCUGUAUCCGAUGUCGCUGUGUCCAGACGUCAAGAAAAGGAAAAGUUGACGGCCGUGUUUCUUGUAAGAACAUCAAGAAGGAAUGCCCCAUACUGACAUGUCCGAACCCUGUCAUCAGUCCCAAGCAGUGCUGCAGUACCUGUCCGGAAGGUACCGGAGCGGCACAGAUGAAUGUUUCCACCACCGCGGAUGCCGGCCUUCUCCUCGCUCCCUCCCGAAACCCCCUGAAGCCGGCGGAAAUCCUGAAACCUGCGCCUCUGCCUAAACAGUCUAACGACCAGGAACGGAUGGAGAAAACAGCCGAAGAGGAUAGCGAGGAAGACGUAUACAGCGUGCUCCUGACGGGAUCGCAGAUGUACCCUCCUGUACCUACAGCAGCAGCCGCUAGAGGGCGCCUUACUUUAUGGAGGAAGAACUUACAUUAUUCCAUCCAAUUUUCUGGGAUGGCCAGACCCCGGAUUGUCCGCUUCACCGACAGACUGGGGACGGUUCUAUUUGAGCAUGAGGUCCGCGGAACUUCCCAGCCUCUCCCUUCACAGGUGUGCGGAGUAUGGCGUAACCUCCACCCCGUGUACGUCAGGUAUCUACAGCGCAGUAUGGUGUACGUGACGCUGGUCACGCCGUCAUGGCCGGCAGGAGAGAUCAGGGGGAAGGUACAGAGUGACCGAGUCGGCGGGCUGGAAACGUUUGGCUCUCUGCUGACGCCGAACGCGGAUGACGCGCAUGCGUGGUUAGGUGCUGGCGGCGAGGCUGUGUUAGUGGCAGGACCAGACGGGACGUCUGUGGACUUCAUGGUCAUGUUUAACGGACUCUGGGACGGGAAAGAGAACAGUUUAGUACCAGUUCAUCUACAGCUGAUCCAUCCGGGCUGGAAUUUCACUCUUCGGGAGACGCACGCUGACAUUACAGCACAGUACAACGAAUUUGCGGAGGUGUGGACUAACCUGACGGAACAAGAACUCGACUGGAUGAUGAGGGGGGAACUGCGGCUUACUGUAACAGCCGGAAACCUCGAACAUCCUCGCGAGAUCUCAGGACCAAUCACUCUCAGACAAACAUGUGACACUAUCCACGCUGUGCUGUCCGGAAGCCAGGCCAUUCCCCGUACAGAGACAGGUGCUGCCGGGUCAGCUAUCUUCCACAUCCACACCAACGGUUCUGUUGACUACCAGAUAUCUACAGCUGGACUGCGCAGUAGGGUGACCAGUCUCACACUGGAGUUUGAAGAAUUUCACACCGGAGCCAGGCGCGUGGUGCGAGACCUAACUCCGACCUACAACCCGUUCUACCAAACGGCCACUGGAAUGGAAGAGGGAUGGAAUCUGUUGGACAUACACAGUUUCCUGCACUCUGACCUCUGGGUCAACGUCCACACGGAAGAGUUUCCGGCGGGUCAAGUGAGAGGACGGAUAGAACCUCUGGUCUACAACGGGCACAGGGCAAGGGAAACAGGACUCCCGACAGUCCUUGCGGGAGUGAACGUGUUCCCGCCCCAGCGGACGGGCGCUGCUGGGCAUGCGUGGUUGUCCAUAGACGGGGACUGUUCCCUGCACUAUGAGAUCCUGGUGGCCGGGCUGAACAGGGACGUGGACACCAGCGUCAGCGCACAUCUCCACGGGUUCGCAGAGAUCGGAGAAAUGACCACGGACUGGCAGAACGAGCAUAAAAUGGUCCUGAAGUCUUUCUAUGGAAGCAAGGCGAUGGGACAGCUGAAGGACAUAGAUGAGGAACUCCUGAGCCAUAUCGACCAGGGCCGGGCCUACAUACAGGUCAGCACCAAGAGGAGGCCGUUCGGAGAGAUCCGCGGACAUGUCCAAAUCCCCAAUCGAUGUCACUCUCGUCACAACCUGUACGAGGAGGAGGAGCAAGACUCCGUUGCCAUGACACCAGACCUGGACUACGAGCGAGUGAAGGAGGACCCGAACAGCUGUUACUUCGAAGGGGAGUACCGCGGUCACGGCUCCACAUGGGUACCGGCGUACGACCAGAAGUGUAGUACCUGCAAGUGCCAGAAAAGUACGGUGAUUUGUGACCCGGUGGCCUGCCCGCAGCCCGACUGUUAUAACCCGGUCAUCCCGGAGGGAGAAUGCUGCCCAAAAUGCCCCGACGAAAUUCAAAAUAACCAGGCCACCCGGUCUCAGCAACGGAACUCAGCGGUCAAAGGAAGAAAAUCAGGCAUCAUCGUCCAACAAGAGACGGAAGGGUGUUACUUUGAUGGAGACAAAAAAUUCCAUAGUUAUGACGAAGAGUGGCAUCCGUACGUCCCACCUUUCGGCUACAUCAAAUGUGCCAUCUGUGUGUGCGAGAAGGGAACCAACCAGGUGAACUGUAACCGUGUGCGGUGCCCGGUGCUGAGAUGUAAGAACCCGAUCAGAGUCAGCCCUACAGACUGCUGUAAACAGUGCCCAGCGUCAGAGGCUAACGAAGCGCCAGGGACUGAUGACGUCACGGAGGAAGAUUGGCGGCAUGUGGAGGAGGAAUCUGACCAGAGUUUUGUCUGGCCGACAGAGACUACCAUCACCGGGACAGGCACCAAAACAGCUCAAGGAGGCUGCAGAUUCGGGAAGGACGCCUACCAGAACGGAGAGUCCUGGAACCCGAAGGUCCCACCUUUCGGUGUGAUGAAGUGUAUUCAGUGUUUCUGUAAGAACGGAGCGGCGGAUUGUAGGAGACCCAAAUGUGAAAAACUCAACUGCAAUCCGAGUGACGUCAUCAAAGAAGAUGGCGAAUGUUGUCCUCGUUGCCGAGGAAAAUGAUGCGGUGUACCAGCAGGAGUAAAGGAGUAAAGUCUCGUCUGCCACAUGUGGAGUCAACAACGGCGCAAAGAAGGACGCUUCUCUGUACUAUAACUUCCCACUGCCAACAGGAAUGUUUUAUAUGUUUCUCUGAAUCCUCUCACAUAUACAGGUGAAGAACACUAGAAAACACCUAGUAUAACUGUUUUAUACAUGUCUCCCCCAAAAAACACAUCUUUUAUCAUCCUAAACUUCAUGUAUGUGAAGAUUCAGUGUGAUGCACCUAAUAAGAUAUACCAUUAGCCAUCUUUGUAUCCAUUGUAACUUUCUAGGUGUUCUCCUUGACAUUUAUGUCAGUUGAAGGAAAGAAUUGAAUUGAAGUAGAGCCUUACUCAACCCAUCAGGACACUUUUUAUUUGAUGUUCACCUUUAAAUUCUUUAUCAACUACCAUCAUUUUGUCUCAGAUAUUGAAAGACAAGAGAUAGCGAAUCACUCUUUUAAAAUUUUACCAAUUUUUGUCUUUGCCACUAUUACAUGUGCCGCCAGGUUUGUUUCAUAAAAAAGAAUUAGCGACUGGUGAACAAUGGUAAGACUAAUAAUGACACAAAGGGCAAGCGUAAAAACAUAUUGAUACUAUUUAUUCCAUUAGUAGACGAUUAUACAGUAUAUCGAUAUUACAAAUACAAAUUGGUGAUAUUUAGCUUUUAAGUUCAAGAUUGUUGACUAAUUUAUUUAUUCCAGCUAGAUUAAUUAUGGUUUCCUUGAACAGGAAAUAUCAAUCAAUUCUUAAUUAAGCUUCGCACUUACGUACACGUGAUCUAAUACAAGCGAAAAAUUUAUUCGUGCAAAUUCUGUAUAUAUACUUAGUCUAAUGAUUUCGCAAUAUAUCUGUUUAAGUAAUGGAUUGUUUACGUAACUAAUACUAAUACUUAUGGCUAGAUUGUAAAGGGCUGGUACUUUUGUAUUAAGACUGUAGGUGUAGGACAGAUAAAGGUAGGAAGAAGACCCGUCGUGUGUUUAAUUAACGUACGAAUUGUUCUUGAUAGAUUUGUUGUAAAUAUUUCAUGUGCGAAAGCAAAAGAUUUGGACCUCACACAGAAAAGUUGUCCGAUGUGUGGUUUCUAUCUAAGGUAAAGUUUUAACUUCUACAACCGUAAAGGGAAAUUGUAAUGUUAAGUACACGUUACACGACAAGCAAAACAUAGUUUGAUAUCCUGAAAUAUAUUUUUGCAGAAUAAUGCCAAAAUA